CUUGUAAACCCUCGCGAAGGAAGAGCUCCUCUGCAUAAUCUGCAACUACAGCCGCAAAGGGUGCCUCUUUUGUUCUUCACCUUCCAUCUGCAGCCAUGAUUAUCUCAGAGAAGAACAGAAGAGAAAUCUCCAAGUACCUCUUCCAAGAGGGAGUGUGCUUUGCCAAGAAGGACUUCAACCUUGCAAAGCACCCUGAGAUUGAUGUUCCCAAUCUCCAGGUGAUUAAGCUGAUGCAGAGCUUCAAAUCCAAGGAGUAUGUCCGUGAGACCUUUGCCUGGAUGCACUACUACUGGUACCUUACCAAUGAAGGGAUUGAGUUCUUGAGGACAUACCUCAAUCUUCCAUCCGAGAUUGUGCCUGCUACUUUGAAGAAGUCUGCUAAGCCUCUUGGCAGGCCCAUGGGAGGUCCACCUGGUGACCGCCCAAGGGGUCCUCGUUUUGAGGGAGACCGUCCAAGAUUUGGUGAUCGUGAUGGGUAUCGUGGUGGUCCACGUGGAGGUGGUGAUUUUGCUGGUGGUGAGAAGGGAGGUGCUCCUGCUGACUUCCAGCCAUCAUUCAGGGGCUCUGGUGGAAGGCCUGGAUUUGGUCGCGGUGGUGGCGGUUAUGGCGGUGGUGCACCACCAGCUCCAAGCAGUUCCGGUGGAUUUGCUUAAGAAUGUGCUUGAAACUUUAAUUUUGGCGGUCACAUGGGAUGUUUUCAUAUGUAGUCUUUGAAAGUUACGAACAUGUUUUAGUAUUUGGUUUCAGAGAGAAUGGUAAGCUUGUUAGAGUCUCAAGUUCCCUCAGCAGUCCGUUAUUGUAAGGGUUUGACAAUGAUGGAUACUCCUUUUUAAGAUGAAGAUGCUGUCGAGUAUUUUGUUCGUUACGAUUGGAUUUCACUUGUUCAAGUUACAAUUUACCCUUAACCGUAAUAGCGAGUUCGUGAUUUUAUUGAUGCUGC